CAGCUUUACAGAUUGUGGUCGGUUCACAAUCAUGGGUCUUUUCUACGCCUACGUGAAAUAUUCUAGAGACAACGAUACUUAUCGCUAUGUCAUGACUUUCGCCAGUCGCGAAAUUGCGGACGAGUGGUGGCGAGCGUUCUCGAAGACCUCCUACGCCAACUCCGUCAAGCGGGUGACGCCCGAGUUCUACACUCAUGAUGUCGCCGUCUUUAACCUCACCGACUCGGUGCUCAGACAAGAUUGCACCCCCCAAUUCCUGAACAAGGUGUUCUUCACCCUAUUGAUGGACCGGGGUGGACGGGAUGUCAACCAUUUGCCGCUGCAGAACAUCACUGACCAUGUCAGCGGAAACUUAUUCUUCAUUCGCUCCAAGGCCGACCCUACUCAAUUCUGGUACUGCCCGAACUCGUCGGAAACUCCUCUUUGUCUCUCGCGGACCGACCGCACCCUCUUCCGCAUCGACAUAGCCAACGCGGCCGCGGGCGAGGGCCGAGGCACUGUCAUGAUCAGCACCGACGAUAUCACCAUCACUGCAGUCUCCUCGGGCAAGGAUUUACCUGUCUCGGUCGGUGAUUCUGGGGUAGUCAUAGCCGGUGAUAAACUCGAGCGAUUCAAGUUUGGCGACUUCAAGGGCGGCUUUAGGGUCGGAAAGGCGUAUGACUUGACUGACAAGAAGGAGGUUAGAGCCUUGAUUAGGACCGAGGAAGGAGAGAACUGGGAGCUCGUUAACUGAUUGACUUUGAAGGACUACUUCAUCAUAAUUAGCGAAGUUUUGCAAUACAUGCCUGCCACAUUUCUGCGAGCGGACA